GGCGCGGCUCCUCGGCCCGGGUGCGGUGCGGCCCCGGUGGGGCCGUGCGGGUCCGCAGCCCCGGCGCGGUGGCGGGUCGGGAUCAGGACCGGGACCGGGACCGGGGCCGGGCGAGGCGGGCAGGUCCCGGCCCGCCGUGCCAGGGCCGAGCAGGGAUCGGGCCCCGCCGCCCCCGCGCCUCCGGAUCGGGCGCGGGAGGAGCAGCCCGGGGUGUCCGGACCUUGCCCUGCCCGGGCGCCGCGGGCGGGGGCGGGCAGCCCGCCGCGGCCCCGUCCGGUCUCAUCCCUGCUCCGGCUCAUCCUGGCCCGCCCGUCCGUCCGUUUGUCCCGGCUUCCUGUUUUGGUCCCUGCGCCGUGAGCGCCUCCGGAGGGGAGCGGGGGACGCUGCCGCCGGGUGGCGGCGGCUCUCGAGUGCCCGGACCCCGCUCCCGGGGCCGGCAGAGCCCCCAGGCUGGCCGGGGGUCCGGACCGCUGCUCUCGUGGGCAGCCCUGGGCUGCAAAACCCAUGGUUGCCCCCUGUGCCGAAAUCCCUCUCCGGAGGUGGGGCACGGUCGCGGUGGUGAGCGGUGAUGGAGAGACCUGGCGAUCCGCAGGAGCUGCGGUUGCUCAAGAGCCACAGGAGCAGGCAGCCCUUGAGGCAUUGUCCUUGUGACCCCCCUGCCCUUUGCCCUCCGCUGCUGCGGAGGCUCCUCAGGCCUGGGGGAGACCUUGGGGGCAGCCCUUGGGCAGCGGGGGUGGGCAGGAGCUGUGAGCUGAUGGAGAGCCCUGAUUUGGGCAGGUGUGGCUGCUGCCCGUGCCACUGUCCCUCGUGGUUCCCCCGCAGCAGCCCUGAGGCACUGGGCUGGUGCCUUGGAGUGGGGAGGUCGGUUGGGCUGGGACCUGUGCUGGGCCCUGGGCAGUCCCAGCGCUCAGGAGCCCGUGGGAGGCCGGGCUGGGCUGCCGGGGCUGGCUGGAGGCUCAUGCCCAUCCUCUCGCCCUCCCAAACUGUGCUGUGGGGGUGGCAGGACUUGGGAGGACAGUGCUGUCCCUUGCAAGGACUCUGCCUGUGGGGAGCUGCUGGGAGCUGGACCAUGGUGUUCCCUGUGUGCUCUGCAGUCACAGCUCUGCCCUGCCUGUGGAUCAGCAGGAGCUGGGCCAGAGCAGAGGGGCUCGGCCAGGGACCUGCUCCUUGUGAAGCCCUGGGAGCAGGGAGGGCUGUCCUUGUCUGGUGGCACGGGGACACGCGUGUCUGCGGGGCUGCAGCGUGGCUCUGUGCUCCCCACGGCUGGGCAGACAGGGUUAGACCUUCCUGCUGUCAGCAGGCACAUCUCUUGGAUGUGCUCAUACGCCCUGAACCAUUCUGCCCGUCUGCCCGUGGCUGGGUCCUCAGGAAUAUUGCCUUUUCCUGGGUGCAUGCUGGGCAGGCCCUGGGGUUCCUGCACCUGGCAGGUGCUGGCUCUGAGCAGCCUCUCUCC